AUGACCACCGAGAAUAAUCGACCAAUCUCCCACAAGCUGCCUAAUGGGAUGGCUGGGGUUCUCAAUCACCCAGAGGAGACUCGCGACUCUGCCUACUUCUCGGGCACAGAUGCCUCCAGUAAACACACCUCAGCCGCCUCGGGAAUGGGCCUCAAUGUCCACCAAACACACCCAGGCUUUCGCGUGUCAAGCGACAAGACUCCGUCUCCAGGCACCACAGCCAUGUAUUCUCAGCCUUUGAUCUCUCCAUCCGGCAACAUGAGUAUCACUGCGAUGGUCUCACCCACCACGCCUGAAGGUGGCCGAUUUGACCGCCCGCUGUCGCUGGAGUCAACUAAUGGGUUGUUUGAUUCCCGACGAGAGAGCGUUGACAGCAGAUUUGCUCAGGGGUUUGGGGAGAUGAGGCUCGGUGGUAACUCGCCUUAUGCGACUCACAAUGCGUCGACAACGUCCAUACAUGGAUCCGUUGCUCACCGCCAUCCCCGUAACAGUGGACUCGAUUCCAAUGGCCGGAUGUCCAACGGAUAUCAACCCAAUGCCGAACGCAACCCACAAGCCGAUCGGGAUAGCAAGAUCGUGCGGACAGCGCCAGUCAUUACUGGCCCGACGACCAGCACUAUUGCUCGAGCUGCUGAGCCCACUAAAGGUCAAGGCUGGGCAUUCCCCGAGGAUGAGAUUCAAAGAGGAACCUCUGCUGCUGGCCACCACUACUACGAUUCAAGACGUAGUAGUAUUACAGAAUCGAUCGCCAGCAGCCAAUUCACUGAAGCAUCCAAGUUACCACCUGGACAACGACGGUUCGAUGACGUGAAUGCCGAAUACCGACUAUCGAGCCUAUCCAAUGCCUCGCAACAAGAUUUCCCCGCUGUUCACCACCAUUCACUGCAGCAUAAGCAGUUGACCGAUCUGCACAGCGAGGAGUCCAGCCCCCCGGCCGGCUCGCAGCCGUACAGCAGAACCCCAGAACUUCGCAAGAGCCACAAGCUCGCAGAACGCAAGCGUCGCACUGAGAUGAAGGAGCUUUUUGAGCAACUACGAGAUCUGAUGCCUCAAGAAAGAGGAUCCAAGGCCUCUAAAUGGGAAAUUCUGACGAAAGCAAUUGCCGAGCAUCAGAAGCAGCAAGAUCACAUCAGAAAUUUAUCUGGACAUCACAGCGCGACACAGCAGGAAAAUGAAGUCCUCCGCCGAGAGGUUGAGAGGCUGCAAUCAGAAAACAGCCAGCUCCGUACUGGGCCCAAUGGGUUGCCGGCGCACCAAGCCGGUUAUGCUGCCCAAGCACAUCCAACUUCUGACCCUUACGGAAAGGGUGCCACACGCCCAGAGCUGCCGCCAUUGCGUGCGCUCAGCGGGCCCAUGCCGAAUGGUGAUUCCAUGAUGGGUGUCCAAUACGAAGGAGCACCGUCACAUGGCAAUGGUUAUCGAGCACCACCCCAAUAUUAA